UUCCUUAGUGCUAGCUAAGUUCCAUUUCAAUCAGCUCAAGCAACACUCAUCUUCAUGAAAAGUUCGGCCGUCUUGCUACUGUUUGUUUGUGCGGCGCUGUUGCUGCAGCUCGCCAGCACUCACAACAAUGACUCGACUUCCAUUGGGACGACUACCCAAGCGGGAGAACAUGGACCGGAAGGAAGAGCACCUGGCAAAGACAAGCCUUCAGUGGGAGUAACCGAAGAAGGGAGCAAAUCACCUCAUGUAACGGUGACUGAUGAAGGCAUCCCAAAGUCCAAUGUUGGAGUUCAUGAUGAACUAAAAAUUGAAUCUUCUUUUAGGAAAGUAAACGCGCCGCCUUCUGCACGAGUGGCUGAUGAGAGUAGCAAGCAGUUCACACUGAAAGAUACUGAAAAAAAUAUUGAACAUGUUUUAGGAAGACUAGCAGACGAAGACACAAGACAAUCCCCCCAGACACGGACCCCUGACGAGGACAGCAGCCAACCACAUCGCACGUCAGGCGAAGAUGAGGGCAACAAAGUCAGGUUCUUCUUCGGUGGCUACAGCACCCUCACGCACACCAUCGUCUCGUUCAGCACCUCGACCACGCCAGUGACGUGCUUCAGUGGUUAUGUCCUCGACGCCGGUGCAGUGCCCAUAUGCACUGGACGACGCAAGAGGAAAAGAGAAGUUCUCAAUUUCGACAGAGAAAGUGAUGCAUCUGAGGUCACGAUUGACUCUUCGCAAGAUUCAGAAAUUGAGUCUGGUGGAGAUUUUGAAGAUGACUCGAAGAAGUUCUUCACAAUUUGGACUAAGGUCCUCACUACCACAACGUUGACCACAUUCGUCGAAAAUGCUGCCACGACUCUGUCUCUCGAGUAUUACUGUUCAGCUGGAAACCUUGAUAUUCCGCUUAUUGGCUGCUGAAAUUAAUAAGCGAUCAUUCAAGAUAAAGGGUUUAAUUUUUCCAUGGAAUAUGAGCUGCAUUUCUCGAUGCUUAAUACACUGUAGUGUAUUUAACGGAGGGACUCAAAGUAACUUCAAUACUUUCUUUAGAGGAGUCCAAAAACUGUAAAAUAUUGGCACUCAGAA